AUGUCGAGUGCUCAUGUUUCUAAGUUAAAGAAACAAAGGAAAAGGGCAUCAUUGGUAUGUUCCUCGUGCAAAGAAAAGAAAAUCAAGUGCGAUCGUCAGAAACCAUGUUCCAACUGCAUCAAAUCGUCUGCUAUUCGCACGUGUAAUUACGACUAUGAAGUGAAAAGAAACGAGAAGAACGACAUCAAGAUCGUGGAAAAGGAUUUCGCAAACUUUGACGUGAAUGAGACAAAAUUUCAUGUAUUUGGGCUCCCCGAACCUGCUCAGCAACUUCUCCACGAUUCCCCGAUCAGCGGGAAAAAUUCAAUAAUGGACAUCAGUUUCAACCUACAAACAUCUUAUUCGGUCAAUAGGAAGCCCUCGAGAACUCUCAGAGGUAUGCAAAUAUGCUCGGUAUAUUCCAAGCCGGAACCAUUCUUGUCGUACAAUUUCUUGAUGUCAUUUAGGGAGAUCUUGAAGAACGAAAAAAAAACGUGGAAAUCGAGGAACUUUAAAGGAAACUUCCAGCUUCACGAAAUUCAAUUCAAUGAUAGCAACACGGCGAACAGCGUUGAGGGGUUGAACUUAUUAGUUGAAAAGCUAGUCUGUAACAACUAUUACGCCGUCUUGGAAAGACUAGGGUACUUUCAAACAGAUCUAAACAAGGUUCUUUUCGGCUCCUAUAUCCCGAUGGGAGUUGUACAGUUGAUCUUUCAUCACUACUUUAUUAUGAAAAGAGAAGGAAUUGCAUUCAAACGCCCGGUGAAAAAUUUUGAAUAUGCAUACAUUGCCCUCAUCACAUCUUUGGUCGAGCUAACGAAUAUAUUCACCAAGAAUAACCCUUCGAUUUUCAACUUUUCUUUAUCCCUGAAAGACGAUGAGUUUAAUGAUUUAUCGGUGAAGCUACUAAACACUUCCAACUACAGAAGGAAAUGCUCGAUAUUUGCGGUGUAUACGAUCUUGAAUCUAAGGUUGUCUUUGAUGAUAUACGGAAAUGCACUUAGCGCCGGUGUGGUAUCUCAUAACUCAUAUCCAAUGUUCCAAACGGCAGUAAACAUGUGCAUCGAAAUGGGUUUUAGCAUGAAUCUAGAUAAGGUUGUUUUCAUGGACCACUACAGCACCGCUGACUCUAAUGAUGUAAACGACGUCAUUUUUGCCAAGGAAAUUCCUGUGGAGUCUCUUAAAACACUAUGGAACUACCUUUUAGUAUUAGAUGCCUCCUAUUUUGUAGGUAUGUCCGCAGCCCCAUAUAUUGACGAUAGGUACCACAACGGAUAUUAUAUGCUGCCGAAUCAGAAUUCUGAUUACUUCAGUGCUUUUGUCACCACAAGUAGAGAAAUAUCUCUUCUUUUUUUGACCGAAAGAAAAUGCACAUUACGAGAGUUACUUGCUGGCUUGUCGAAAGUAACUAAACUAAUAUCAACGCUUGAACCGCUUGACGAUUAUCACCAGGUUGAACAAAAUGAAGAAAAGUGGAAACUCUUUUAUCUCAAAUUGCAGCUGUUGAAUCUUUUGUCAACUUUAUUGUAUCAAGUUUGUCGUCUAUUGCACAAUUCAAACUUAAGUAGGGAGUUUUCUCAAGAAGUCUUAAAUGAGCCAAGGAACCAAAAAAUUAUAGAAGGAAUAAAAGAUGAGUGCACUACCAAGAUCAAAAUUUUAUUUUUUGUUGUGAUGAACACUAUAUUGGCUAUAUCUCAUAGCAGCUUUCACUACAAAUUCUGGCUUUAUAACAGAGAAGUUUUCUCUACUUGGAUUGGACUACAAUCGUUAUUUUUUAUUGAUUUGAUAGUAACCGAAGAGAGUGAGUCUGCAGCAAGCCGAUCAACAAGUAAUAACUCUUCAAAACCCGUCUUGACCGAUGACGAUAAGUUUUCAGAUCCACCUAUAUUUAAAAACACGGAGUUGGAAAAUGCUCUAUUCAAUUUCAAUCCAUCGAAAAAUCAGAAAUUUUUGAAUUCAGUGUGUGUAGCCUCUCAACCUGAACGGAUUGUUUCUUUCAUAACCGGAAUAUACGAGAGGGUAAUGCAAAUUCCAAUGAUACUUUCAGAUUACACAUUUUUCAUGAAAACGAAAUUCUUUCUUAUCGGGAUAUAUUUCUUGUAUUCUUAUAUCAAAUACCAUUCAGAAAAAGGUUUUGAGAUUUACCAAUACUUUGAUAAAUUGAAAACCCUCACGAAGAGAAUACUAGCUGGGCAGCUCCAAAAGGGAACUUCAGCUGAUUUAUUUCCUGUCCAACAAAUUUUAGGUGGCAAUCUAACUGAAAACGAUUUACCUAAAGAAAAUGAUUCAACAUUGCGGAACUCUAAUCAACGCGAAAGUCCCAGCAAACCGCAAAAUACUCUUACCGGAGAUCAAUGGGAUAAUAAUGUACUUUUAUCCAAUAGUAUGAUACCGUCUUCCCAAUAUGAUGAUAUUGCUGCUUCCUUUUUUGACGAUGAAGGACUAGGGCUAGUCUUUAAAGGCAUCGAUGAGUUUUUCACGAGAGAAUCCAGCAGAUAG